AUGAAUACGCCCUGCGACAGUCUACCAACCUCAACACCACUGGAGCUCCCGUGGCAACCCAUCACUGAGCUAGAGAUCCAACGAUCUCUCAAAGCCGCUAAAGGAACCACCGCACCGGGAGAUGAUAAUCUGCCGAUGCUCGUGUGGAAACAACUAUGGGUAUACCUAAAGGGCAUCAUCACCAACAUUUUCAACACAUCUAUGACUCUAGGCUACCAUCCGAAGCAAUGGCGGAACGCGAAGAUCGUGGUACUGAGGAAGCCCGGAAAGCUAGAUUAUUCAGUCCCCGGGGCCUACCGCCCGAUCUCACUCCUCAACACGCUAGGCAAGCUUCUCGAGGCAGUAGCAGCCCGUCGACUUUCAUAUCUCACAGAAAACAUGGCCUCCUACCAGACACCCAAUUCGGUGGGCGCCCGGGAAGAACUACUGAACAAGCUUUGCUGGUACUCUUGA